UGUGUGUGAGAGAGAGAGAGAGAGAGAGAGAGAGAGAGAGAGAGAGAGAGAGAGAGAGAGAGAUGACCAACACAUUAAGUUCUAUAUAUUGCUGCGCAACAAUGGAUUGAUUCUUAUCUCUUACAAAAGCACUUCAACCUUAAUUCUUUGAAAGCCUAAGUCUUGUUUCUUACUUUCCAUUGAUCAUCAAAAUAAUGUCUGUCCCAAAGAUGUUUGAACAUCUCAGAAUACCACUAGAAGCUAUAAGAUCAGCUACCAACGACUUUGCUAAAGACUAUUGCAUCGGAGAAGGAGGCCUUGGGAAAGUUUAUAAGGGAGAACUUAUCCUUUUCAAGGGGCCUACCAAAGUUGCUUUAAAACGUUUAGAUCGUAUAGCUUUACAACGAAACCGCGAGUUUUGGAUGGAGAUCAUGAUGCUUUCACAAUACAGACAUGAAAAUAUUGUCUCCUUCUUGGGGUUUUGUGACGAGAAAGACGAGAAGAUCUUAGUAUAUGAGUAUGCUUUUAACAACAGUCUCGACUUGCAUCUCGAUAGCAAAGAUCUAACCUGGGUUCAACGCCUUUCAAUAUGCAUCGGGGCGGCUCGCGGAUUGGAGUACCUUCAUGAUCCUGCAGGUACCCAUCAAAGAAUAUUACACAGGGAUGUUAAAAGUGCUAACAUCCUUUUAGAUGAAAACUGGAGUGCAAGUAUUGCAGAUCUGGGUCUAUCAAGAUUUCAUCAGGCUAAUAUAAGCAUAAGUAUUCUUUAUAAUAAUCCUGUAGGCACGAUGGGAUAUUGUGAUCCAAGUUAUAUGGAGACAGGGAUGCUAACAAAGAAGUCAGACGUUUACUCCUUUGGAGUGGUGUUGUUUGAGGUUUUGUGUGGAAGGUUGUGUAUCCAGAAUAAUGAUAGGCGUGGAGAAUCAUUGAUCCACCUGGUAAAAAAACACUACAAACAGAACAAGCUAAAUAAAAUUAUUUGGGUUAAUAUAAAGGAUGAAAUAAACCCAGAUUCUUUGACGGCGUUUGCAGCAAUUGCUUAUCAAUGUUUGCGUAGCAACCCUGAAAAGCGUCCAUCAAUGAACGAUGUAGUGAAAAAUCUUGAAGAUGCACGGACAUAUCAAAUAUAUACCGAGGGGACCAAAAUAUCACUACGAGAUAUAAAAUUAGCUACCGACAACUUUGCUACAAACAAAUGCAUCGGGGAAGGAGGAUUUGCAAAAGUAUACAUUGGAGAACUAGUACAGUCGGAGGGAUAUAUCAUGACCGUUGCUAUAAAACGUUUAAAUCCGACAAAUGAGGCAGGGAACCGUGGGUUUGAAAAUGAGCGUAACCUUUCUCGAUACAGGAAUGGUAAUAUUGUCAACCUUUUAGGAUAUUGUAAUGAUGACAACGAGGAGAUACUUGUGUAUGAGUACGCAGCUAAGAGAAGUCUCGACUUUUAUAUAAACAGCAAUGAUCUAAGAUGGGUUCGACGCCUUAAGAUAUGCAUUGGGGCAGCUAGCGGACUAGUGUACCUUCAUAAUCCUGAAGAUUACCAAAAAAGUGUAUGGCACCUUGAUAUUAAAAGUGGCAACAUCCUACUAGAUGAAAAUUGGAAUGCUAAGGUUGCAGAUUUUGGUCUAUCCAAGUUUAUUGUUGCUAAGCAGGAAAACACAUCUCCUAUAUCUGGUGCUGUUGGGACACCUGGGUAUUGUGAUCCGGUAUAUAUAGAGACAGGCUCACCAGCAAAGGAGUCGGAUAUUUAUUCGUUUGGUGUGGUGUUGUUUGAACUUUUGUGUGGGAGGUUGAAUACUCCCAAUAAAUAUGAGCAUCGAUCUUUAGCAGAACUGAUAAGAAAUUGCUAUGAAAAGAAUGACCUAAGUGGAAUUAUCUUUGGUAAUAUAAAAGAUGAAAUAAGUCCUAGUUCGUUGAGAGAGUUUGUCACAAUUGCUUAUCAAUGUCUGAAGAGAGACCGUGAAGAGCGUCCAUCAAUGAAAAAGAUCCUGACAGCACUUGAAACUGCACUCGAACGUCAAGUUUUACCUCUACAUCUUACACCACCACCAAAUCCAAGUUCAAAGAGCAGGAAUGAGUAUCAAAGAUCCUUAAAGCCCCUAAUUUGGGAGACAACCCGUGCCACUCUUGGAACUUUAUGGGAUGUGUCUCUUGAACAUGGAAACCAAUCAUGGGAUCCUGAAAUCGAUAUUACUGAACUCGAGAGUUUGUUUUGCAAAUACAAAGAUAGAGCUCACCUAGGUUCUGAAAAGCCCAAGCCAGAAAACUGUUGUCCGGUUCAUUCGGACAGAGCAAAUAGUUGCAAAAUUAUGCUUCAAGACAUAAAGCUUCCCAUCGCUGAUAUUACUAAUGCGAUCCUUGCAUUAGAUUCUUCUGCUCUGAGUGCUGAUCAAGUUUAUGAUCUUACUGAACUUUGUCCUACAAAUGAAGAAAUGGAGAUGAUAACGAACCAUACUCGAGAAAAGGAAACACUAGGAGAGUGUGAACAGUUUUUCUUGGAGUGUGCAAGGAUUCCAAGGAUGGAUUCAAAACUACAAGUAUUUGCAUUUGCAAUUACUUUUACCCGUCGGGUUAAGAAUUUCAGAGACACUUUAAAUAUUAUCAAAGAUGCUACUAAAGAGAUCAUGGAAUCAACAAAGCUGGCUAAGAUAAUGCGGAUAAUUCUCAAGUUGGGGAACAAAUUAAAUGCAGGCAUAGCUCAAGGAUCCGCCAAAGGAUUCAAAUUAGGCAGUCUUAAGAGAUUGGAUUGCACAUGGGCAACAAACAAGAACGUCACCCUGUUGCACUUCCUAUGCAAGGUGGUUGCUGAGCAAAUGCCAGAGUUGUUGUAUUUUUACAAGGAUCUCAUACACUUGCAAGAUGCAUAUUGGAUACAACUUAAAGAUUUGUAUGAGGAGAAGUGUGCAAUAAUCAAUAGUUUUGAGAAGGUUAAGCAAGAAUUCGAUGCUUCAGUCAGUGAUGGGAGUGUAUCUGCUAAAUUUCGGAAGGCCUUGAGGACAUUUCUUUAUAGUGCUGAUGCAGAACUCCCAUCUCUGAUCGCCCUGUUUGAUGAAGUGGAUCGGUACGCAGAGUCACUUGUCAUAUAUUUUGGAGAGGAUCCCAAUCAUUAUUCAUGGGGACAAGUUAUAACUUAUCUGGUGUAUUUUAUCGAGAUGUUCAAGAAAGCACAUAAUCAUAAUAAUAUGAAGGCAACUGCUAGAAAGAAGAAAUUGGAGACAAGUACUAAAGAAGAAUGAUGCAAGAUUUCAUUCUUAUACCAAUAUAAAACUCCAUCAUAACAAGCAAUGCACUUGUAACCAUCUAGCUAGGUUCAAAGUUCUUAUGUAACAUUGGAUAGUAUAACAUAUAAAUAAGAUAGUAAGGGAUCCGCCAAAAGAUGAAAUCAGUAACUCUAAGCAUAUACAUUGUUGAUACCGGUUAUUCUCCUGAUUUCCAUGCGUAUAUGUUCAUAUAAUUAAUUGACACAUAAUUGUGUUUUUCUCAUGUAGAUCAACCUAAGGUGUAUAAUACUUAAUGUAAAAUGUAUGUUAUAUGUUA